ACUGUUCUUAGAAGGUCGUUUGUUUUUGUGAGAGCAGAUUUCUCUUAUCUGGGAUCUCUCUCUUCACUAUAAUUCUUUUUUUUUUCCUUUUUUUCUCUCUCUAACAAAAAAAAAAACACUUCAUUUUGUUUUUGUUUCUUCUUCACUUUGUAUGUGUCUAAAAAAUAAAAAGACCCAAUAGAUCGAAAUCGACGAUCUAAGCUUCUUCAAUGUUGUUACUACAACACACCCACUUUGUUAAUUUUUAAUUCUUAAUUUUAUUUCUUCAAUUUUUUAUUUUAAUAGUUGGAGUCAAACACUGAAUUUUUCUUCUAUUUUGAAUGGUAGAAUCCAUGGCGGAUUCUUAAUAGCAAAGUGAUACAAGGAUGUGGGUUUGAGGUAAUUUUACUAAUCCUUUCUGAAUUGUAUGUUUAAUUUUAUUUUACUUAAUAAUUUGAUACAAUUUGGUUUUAUUAUUUUUGAACUAAUAAUGUUUUGAGUGCUAUAAAAAUGAAAUUCUUGGUUACUAGGAUUAUUCAACUGAAUAUAUAAACUUAAAUUGUGUUUUUCUUUCUUUUUAUUUGCUUGAUUAUAUGAAAUGUUCAGAUGUUGAAUUUUAUUGUUUUGAAUUGUUCUUUCUGUGUGAUAAAUAACCGUUGGUUUGAUAAUUGUUGAAUAGGAUCUGCUCAAUUCAAAUUUGUCAUUCAUUUAGGUUUGCUUAUAUUAUAUAUAAAGAUUUUUUUUUUGUGAAUUUGUAAUUGAAUCAAGGGAAGACUUGCAUGGUUCAGUGUGAAUACAAUUGAAAUUUUCUGUUACUUUAAUAGUUUAAUACGUAUUUCAUUCUUCUUUUUUUUUGGUUUACAAUGUUAUCAAUGAGGAUGGAAUCGAGGACCUCAUGCAUACUAGUCAAACCCCUCACCGGUCACCACUGGACCAAACCUAGUGGCUUGUCUUUUUACUCAUAUGAAGAUAAUGACAAUAAUUCCAUUAUGUCAAAGAUGAAAUUGUGAUGCCUAAUUUGAGGGAUGGGCACCAAAGUUCAGAGUCUUCCAGGAUACUACUCAAUGAGAGAUCUUAAUGAGGAAUCCAGCAGUUGUGGCUGGCCCCUAUUUUAUGGCAAUAAAGCACUGGCAAAUGGGCAAUAUUAUCAGAACCAUCUUCCAAGUGCUGCUGCAGAUGUAUGUUCAGCAUAUGAUAAGGAUGUCGUGAAGCAGACGAUGCUUGAGCAUGAGGCUAUCUUUAAGAAUCAGGUGUUUGAACUUCAUCGUUUAUACAGAAUACAAAGAGAUUUGAUGGAUGAAGUAAAAAUGAUAGAAUUGCGCAGAAACCAUAGAUCUGUUGGUACAUCAUUUUCCCCAGGUCCUUUGUCAACUCAAAUAACAUCUGAAGAUACUAAAAAGUGGCACACUCCUAGCUUUCCAAUAACACGAAGUUCUGCUUGUGAUAGACCAUCUACUUCAGGCGUUGAGGGCAUUCAUUCUCCUUUUUGUUCUAACAAAGGAAUCAAUAAGCAAACAUGUCUGUUUCCAUCACCAAACGGGAGUAGUUCAAAAGAUGUUGAGAUACUGGAGUCUAGACCCUCAAAGGUGAGGAGAAAAAUGUUUGACCUUCACCUCCCUGCUGACGAGUACAUUGAUACUGACGAAGGUGAGAAGUUUAGUGAUGAAAAUAUAAGUGGCACAACAAUUCCUGAUAGAUGUUGUAAAGAUGGGAAGGGAAAUGAUGUGAAUCUUUUUUGUGGCAAUGGUGAGAAGACUGGUAGCCAUGAAGGCACUUCAAGAUCUGAGCAGUCUUUAAGGAGCAGAAAUGGUUUCGCUGACUUAAAUGAACCGGUUCAAGUGGAAGAAAUAAAUGCUGCUGCAUGUAUUCCUCCUCUAAACCAUAAUCCCUAUCAAGGGGAAGCUGAAUGCUCUGAUCCAUCUGCCAAACAGAAGUCAAGGUUUUUUGGUUUUCCUACGGAAGAUUUACUCAACCCGCAUCAUGCUCCUUUACAUAAUGGAUAUUUGAAGAAUGAUGGGAGUGGAAAACUGUGGAUUUCAUCAAAGGAGACAGGGCAAGGUAAAAGCAGUUUGAAUCCCAUUCCUCAAGUCCUCAAACGAGAGCAGUCAUUUUUUUCAUCCCCAACGAUACAAGAUGCACUUGGUAAAGGUUCCGAACCUACAUCUGAUUAUCUAAGUAAUAGAAGCAAGACUGGUUUAUGGAGGGAAAAGACGGUAGGCGGUUUGGAUAUCAGUCAAAGGAAUAAUGCGCACUUGACUGAUAAGCAUCCAGAGUCUGUUGUAUCAUCGCACAGUCCUGGGCUCUUUGCAAUUUCUCCUUCCUCAGAUUUUGCCAAGUCUCGGUCUCAGUCAGCUCGGGAAAUGGCAAGUAGUAGUCUAAACCAGAAGUUAAUGUCUGUUCAGAUUCCUCCAUCUCCAUUUCUAAAUGCAUCUGGUGCCUUGAGUAGAAGUUCCCAGUUACAUCAAAGCAAUGGGAUUUUGGGAGAUGGUUGGCCUCUCAAUAUCAAUUCCAAGCAUAAUAAUCCAGGUUUUCACUGUGAGGCAUCCGUGCAGAAUGGAUUUAACCCCAGGAUUGCUGAACACUUUAACAAUGGUUCAGUAAGCUACAAUAAGAGGUCAAAUUUAAUUUGCAACAUGACAUCUGGAAAAGAUAUUAACUUGAAUGUGCGACUUUCAAAUGGUUUAUCCAAUGACUUAGAUACCCAGUCGGGUCUUGGAAUCGUAGAUGGAGAACAGAAGCACAGGGAGCAGCUUGCAGUGUUGCCUUGGCUUAGAUCCAAGACUACAUGUAAGAAUGAGGCUCAAAAUUCUGGUAGUGGUAGACGCUUAACUUCUGGAGAAUUGAGUUUUCUCCAAGUUGCUUCUUUAUCUAGCAAGGAUGAAACUGGAAAGGGGGCUAGGGAAAAUUUUAUGAACAAUGUAACUUCGAGUUUGUGUUCAAAUGGGCCUUGUAUGAUAGAAGCUGGUGAGAGCAGUAGCAAAAAGAAAAUUCUUGGUGUUCCCAUUUUUGGUAUGCCUCUGAUUUCUGCUAAGGACUCACCUUUACUCACUUCUCUACCUGUGUCAGUUCCCAAUCCAUCAGACACAGGACUGGUGGAAAAUAAUCGGAAAAACCUGGUACUUGAUAUUAACUUGCCUUGUGAUGCUGAUGUUCUGGAGGUUGACAUGGACAAACAAUCUGUCACUGAAACUAUUGUUUGUAAUGAAGGAUUUUCUAAAAUGGAAGCCAACUCUAGAAAUCAAAUUGACCUGAAUUUGAGUAUGAGUGAGGAUGAAACAAUUCCAACAACUAUUCCAACCACCAAUGUAAAAAUGAAGGUGGUAAUAGAUCUUGAAGCCCCUGCUGUUCCCGAGACAGAGGACGAUGCCAUUCCUGAAGAAAAGCAGGUUGAAUCUUAUUCAGUAUCACUGCUAGGCCCACAAGUCACAGUUGAACAACCGCAAGAUGAAUUUAUGAGGUAUGCAGCUGAGGCAAUUGUUUCGAUGUCAUCUCUUUGCUGUAAUCAAGUGGAUGAUUCGACUAGCAGUCCGUCAGAAACGCCAAUGAUCGACCCACUAAGUUGGUUUGCGGAUGUAGCUUCCUCUUGUGUAGAUGAUAUGCAGAGAAAGUUUGAUAAUUCAAGGGGGAAAACUUGUGAGGGGAAAGGGGGGUCUUCCUCAAAAGAAAUCGAUUACUUUGAGUCCAUGACAUUGCAACUGGAAGAGAUCAAGGAAGAAGACUACAUGCCCAAGCCACUUGUCCCAGAAAAUUUCAUAGUAGAAGAAAUUGGAACAGCUUCAUUACCUACCCGGGCACGAAAGGGGCCGGCAAGGAGAGGUAGGCAGCGGAGGGAUUUCCAAAGGGACAUCCUUCCAGGCCUUUCAUCUUUAUCAAGGCAUGAAGUUACAGAAGACCUUCAGACAUUUGGCGGGCUUAUGAAAGCAACAGGUUAUGCAUGGACAGGAUUAACAAGAAGAAGCUCUUCUAGAAAUGGGUGUGGCAGGGGUAGGCGGAGGUCACAGGUUCCACCAUCUUCCCCUCCUCCAGUGGCAACCAUUGAAACUUGUACCCUGCUGAUGCAGCAGCUUAACAAUGUUGAAGUGGGUUUGGAGGAUAGAAGCCUAACAGGUUGGGGCAAGACAACGAGAAGACCCCGUAGACAGAGGUGCCCGGCAUCGAUUCGGUUAACCUAAUUAUUGUAAGAGGCUUAAGUUUAUAGAGGAGAACUUAUAGAGGGUAAGGUUGGCCAAUUUACAUAUUGAUCAGACAUUUGAUGUCUAAAGCGCGGGGAUUUCUCUAUGUACAUUUCUUCAAACCCGUAUUUGGAUAUAUGCUUGAUUUUCAGUUAUUCUUCGGAUAAUACCAACUUGUAUUAUUCUUGAAUAAUGUUACGUGAUUUAUCUCUUUCGAGAAUUGUUUUAGAAUGUGCUAGUUUGUGCACUCUUGCUUUUUUUUUUACUAGUCACUUUCACUGGCUGCAUGCUUGAAUGAAAUGUAGCUCCAUUAAAUUUUACUAUUUUUUUAUUACUAUUUUUUGAAUGAAAUGUAACUUUCUUCCUUUA